UUUUAGCCUCAGCUAGCUAGCUAGCCACUCGCCAUCUGUCAAUCUUUGCUCGUGAUGGUCACAUAAAAGAUUGGAAAGCGCACACAAAACACGACCAAAUUAUCAAGUGGCACGCAUUAAACGCUGGAGGAGAAUUUCUCUUAAAAAGAGCAUCAGGUUGAGGUUGUCUUUGGGAGAGAAGCAUCCCGAAUCAGCAGCCAUGCAGUCAUUGGUGAACGUGCAACAUCACAGGUUUCUGGACUCUGGUGCCCUGGUGACAGUGGACCUUGAGCUAUCCCACUUGGACUGGAGCCCCGAAGCCACCCUGAUCCACUUCCAGGGACAAUACCUAACCAUAGACGAGCUGGACUACAACAUCCUUCAGCAGGAAAUCCAAAACACGCCCAAGACCAACGCGAAGGUGGACGUCGGCGAGUUUUGCUUGGUCAAAGACGUGAGCACAGCCCAUUGGUACAGAGGAAGGGUUCAGAGGUGCAACGAUUGCGUGUUGGACGUGUUCCUCAUUGACCACGGCAGCGUCUUAAGUGUGGACGUGGCCCACGUAGCUUCAUGCUCCAACGAUUUGUUCAGCCGGCCACCAAAGAUUGUUUGCGGUAUCCUCGCUAACGUGCUGGUGCCUGCCAGCUCCUGCCAUUCCUCUGGCGUGGUGGACUUCCUCUCGAGCCUGAUCGGGAAAAGCUUUACCGGCUGCAUCCAAACCAUCCUGCCGCAUAGAGUUCUCCUGCUGGAUAUUCCUGACAUCAACAACGAGCUGGUCAGGCAAAGGUUUGGAAAACAUACGGACAAAGACACCUUCCUGCUGUUGGUGGAGUUGCUGACCGGGGUCCCGCUCAAACAAAACAUCGAUCUUCCCGACCUGCUUGUCAACGAGCAGGGCGGACACGUGUAUCGCCCCAAGUCGAGCGGAUUGAAGGUUUAUGAGGAAAUACUGAAUUUUUGCGGGCCCAGACUGAGCUGCGGCACCCGCGCGAAAGUCCGGGUGACGGCCGCUGUUCACUCGGGCCUCUUUUACUGUCAGAUGGCGAGUAAGGAAUCCGAGCUUCGGCUCAUGUCCAAGAAGCUGGCUGCAGUCAGUGAACGCAGAAGCAAAUAUCACCCUCGAGAAAAUGUGGGACUUCUAUGCUCGGCGAAAGGCAAAAGUGGGAAAUGGUACAGAGGCUUUGUCCAGUUUCUCCUGAUGAACUCAGAAGUGCAAGUCUUGUUUGUGGAUUUUGGAUUCUGCGAAUCGGUCAAAGUCGAGGAUGUCCACAGCUUGCCACCCGAUUUGUACUUGACACCCUUCAUGGCGUUCCCGUGCUCGCUCUCUGCUCGGAAGUCUCAGGACGAGGACCUUGUGAGUCAGCAGUUGAGUUACCUCAAGUCGGGCUUGCUCGGAGGUGUCCUAGAAGUGCAGAUCGAUAGUUUUGAUGAGGAGCAGUGCCUCUAUUUGAUCACAGGAGUCGGUGCUUUGGAUAAAUAUGUGACAGAAGAAGUGACGAGAGAGCUCCCUCCUCAAAUAAAAGAGGAGCCCCUUUCUACUGUAGAAGAUGUGGCCAUCCAGGAUGCCAACCUGUUCUACGAGACCAUCAUAGGGCAAGAGCUGGUGAAAACCCUGAAAGAGGAGGAGCUACAGGUGCACUCGGUGUUUGAGGGCUUCCUCGAAUACGCCGAGAAUCCAAGCAACUUUUGGAUCCGAACCACAAAACGAAACGGCGAGUUCCAGGAAAUGAUGAACAAAAUGUCCGAACACUUUGCCGGCGUGAAGCUCGAAGAUGAUGUUUUGAUGAACCCUCAGCCCGGAACGCCGUGCUGCGCGUUGUAUGAGGCAGACAUGCACUUCUACAGAGGCGUGGUCACAAACGAGCUCGAGCAUGGCGCCGAAGUUCUCUUCAUCGACUUUGGCAAUAUCGAGAAGGUUCCUCGCGCUAUGAUCAAGAAGAUUCCCGAGACGUUUGCCGGCAUUUCCGCGUUUGCCCUUUGCUGCACUCUCGCCAACGUGAUGCCUUUGGACGACGUGUGGACCCAUUUGAACUGUGACUUCUUCAGAGUGGCGCUCUUCGACAAGGCACUGCGCAUCCACAUUGUCCAGAUCGCACAACACAAGUGCGUCAUCGAUUUGUAUCGGUCGGGAAGCGACGACGGUCGGAGCAUCAGCCAGCUUAUGGUGUCUUCCAAACAAGCUGAAUGCUGGAAAAUCAUUCCAGUCAAACCUGUGGAGCAAAAUCCGAAUGAUGGGAAGACAAGUAAAGGGAUUCGAGAAUCACAUGUCAGUGGAAAUGAAGCCUGGAAGGAAGAAAAGGACAAAUGUGUCCAAAAGUCUUCAAUGCCUACCAGCUUCAAGAUCUUGGAUGUCCGACCUGGUUAUGAGUUCCCAGUCCGGUGCUCUUGCAUCAACUCGGCGUCAGAUUUCUGGUGCCAGGUGCAGGAUAAAGUUCCAGAUAUGGAAGACCUGAUGGGGAAAAUUCAGCGGUAUUAUACGUUGCAUACAGUUCCCCUCCAAAACGAGGAGUCGUGUUGCGUGGCAAAGUCACCACAGGAUGGGAGAUGGUACAGGGCCUCCAUCCAAGAGAGACAGAAAGACCACGCCAAGGUGCUGUUGGUAGACUACGGCGUCAGCAUCCAAGUUCAGGUCAACCAGCUACAGAGAAUAAUGCCCGAAUACGUUGCGCUAGAAGGCCAAGCUUUCCGAUGCAGCCUUCUAAAGCGGACUGAAUUGGUUGGAACCUCCGAGGAGCUUUCAGACCAUUUGAGGAGGUUUAUCUCUGACAGCGAUGGCAACCUGAGGUGUAAAGUGGUGUCGCAACGGAAUGACAAAAGCGAACGGUUGAACAUUGUGGAGCUCUUCAACACCCAAACGCAGCAGGGUGUCACAAACCAACAUCUGGCAAAAGAGAAGCGGGAUUUUCCUGAGGAGUUUGUCUACUCGUCCUUUGGCUUAAUGCCUAAUGACGAGGAAGAAGUCUACGUAACUCAUGUCAGCUGGGAGUGGGAUAUCUACUGUCAACUCCAGCGCAACACCGAAGCCAUCGCGGACCUUGAGGUGAACAUCUCCGAGGCAAUCGCGAAAAUGAAGCGGGCCAGUGGGGAAGAUGCUCCGGCGAGAAUGUGCCUGGCAAAAUAUUUGGACGGAAAUUGGUAUCGGGCACUGGUUCAUACCGCUCCGUCUCCGCUGCAUCUCAGCGUCGUCUUUGUAGAUUACGGGAAUCGAAGUAUUGCCGAGAAAACGCACGUGGUGUCCAUUCCCAGAGGCUGCGAUCGCUUGUUAUCCACCCCCGUUCAAGCUUUGAAGUUCAACUUGGCCUCUGUGUCCAGGAAGGAGCUCUACAUGGAAGUCAAGGAAUGGCUGGACGGAGCGGUCCUCAACAAGCAGGUGCGAGCCAUUCUCCUCGGCAAGUCUCAAGAAGGUUCCUUCGAUGUCCAGCUCUUUGAUGGUGAUCUGAACAUCAACGAGAAGGUCAAGGAGCUCAUUGGCAGAGUUUCACCGAAACCACGGCCCACUGUGAGGUUUACCUACGGGCCGAAAAAUCACUUAAGAGCUGCCAGGAGCAAGAAUUUAAGGCCGGCUGAUUACUCUCCCAAAGUCACCCGACACAAAGGCGCUCAUGACUGGGCGAGACCACGCCCAAAGGAGGAGCAUGUUAAGAAGGAGCAUGUUAAGUCCUUUGAAAACAGGCGUCAACAUCGAUAUCCCAAAAAUGAAACUCCAGCGAGGACACCAAACUCUAAAAGCUGUACUUUGAAACCUGGUGAAGAAGAGCAAGUCUCCCAUGUAAAACGGCAGGUUGAAAAGACCAAAGUGCCUGCGGCUCGCAAGAAGCCUCCACUCCUACUUUUGCCAGACAGGAAGGAGAAAGAAGGUUGCAGUUUGCUGUGUUUUGUUUCCCACAUCGACUCGGUCAGUCGCUUUUUCCUGCAGCUCUCAGAGGACGAGGCAGCCAUCUUAAAAAUGGUUGGAGAAAUCAACUCGAUGAGUGAGCAUUCGUUGAGGGCCGCCGUUUCGGUGCGAUUCGACGAACUCGUCCUAGCGCGCUACGAUGAGGACGCAGCUCUCUACCGUGCGGUCGUCAGGGCCUACGAGGGCCAGUCCAGAUUCAAGGUGGCUUUCCUGGACUACGGAAACUCUGCAGUCGUCGAGAAAGGUGAGAUCUACACCUUGCCUCAGGAAUACUUUUCUCUGCCGGCAUUCAGCAUCCGAUGUAGCUUAGUGGACUUAAGCCUUUACGAUGACGAUGCUGCUUUCACCGACACAGUCAUGGGGAAACCCCUCAUGGUUCACUUUGUCCGAAAAUGGGAAACUCACUGGGAAGUAGAGAUGGAGAUACUCGACGAUGACAAUACACCCGAUGAACAAAUUUUAAAACCCCCGGAGGGAGGAGAUGCUCCUGCAUGUACUUUGGAAACGAAUGACAAUGUCAAGAUCUGGGAUCAGACUGUCCUGAAAGUCACAGAAAAUGAACAAGGAACAUUUGAGACCCGCGUUACGGAUACAAAACCGACCGAGGCCUUGUGUGAAACCUUCAAAACCGAAAGUAAGAGGCCCAUUGAAAUCAGGUCUAAAAGGAAGAAGCUUUCAAAGAAAAAAUCGGUAUUCAGUGUCAGAAAGAAGGACUGUACAAACACGCCAUUAGCCCACACUCCGUUGCUGCAGCAAAACCAACAACUGUUGCCGCCGCGUGAAAGCCAAAAUGAGCAACUUCUCCCAAACUCAAGUCACCAUCGGAAGUUCGUCUUUGCUCCCAUCUCACUCAAUAAAGAAUACUCGGCAUUUGUCGCCUCGAUGACGACUCCCUCAGAGUUCUGCUUGGUUCUGAAGGACUCUCUACCCGUCAUGAACAAAGUGGCCAUCAUGUUGGAGUACCUCUCUCAGUCAGAGUUACCUCUUCUUCCGAAGUGUUCCCUCACGACCGGUGCCAGCUGCUUAGUCAGAUCAGAUCCCAACAUCUGGCGGCGUGCUGAAGUUCGACAUGUGGACUCAUCCGGUGUGGUCCUGGACCUCGUUGACUACGGCAUCUGUGAACAUUUUGCUCCUCAAGAAUACAUCAACUUGAGGGUAAUCCCAGAGGAUCUGCUCAACAUUCCCAAAAUGGUGUAUCUUUGCGUUCUGAGGGGGGUGAGCCCCGUCAUAGACGACGACCACUGGAGGGAGGAUGCCACCAUCUACUUCCAAGAGUUUUUGAACUGCAACCUUAAGGUGGUCUUUCGAGAGGUACUGUCCAGUACGCGUUGGGCUGCGGACCUUCUGGUGAAUGGCAUCCAUGCUGCCGGAAAGCUGGUGACCGCCGGACACGGCAGGUUUCAGGAGCAGAGUCAACAUCGACUAUUUGCCAGCGCGAUGGUAGAACACUGUCCAGAAUUUGAAGCGACUAGUUGGUACUCUUCAGAAGGUUCUGGUGAAGCCAUGAAGAUGGGAAGGAGAAAAUGCAUUCUGCAGUGACAACACGACAUGGAAGUGAGCGUCAAUGUUAUGUCGUACAGCAAAGCUUCAGCUAAACAAAUGUUAUGUGCUUUCACUCGUUCUGGUAAAAUCUUCGUUGGAUUUAUGAUUAGUGAAGCUACAGUUAUUUCAUUUUAUUUUCAUACUCAUGUUUCCAUUUUAUUUAAAAUGUGAAAACCUG